CCGUCUGCAACGCCUGACAGCACUGCACCGGCUACUACAAUUGUCUUAAUGGAGGCUCAGGCAGAUUCUAGUACAGCAGAGCCACUUAGAGAGCGAGAGAUCCAGAAGCUUCUAAAGUCAUCCAGCUCGGCCAGUCUCACGAGUGAGGCAUCCCACAAUGCUUUAGGAGAGCAUUUUGGAACCCUAUCACAUUAUGGCAGUCAGGUGCUGAUCACAGAGAAACGACAGCCUCUGAGCAGUGUGUCCUCACUGGAGGUGCACUUUGACCUCUUGGACCUGACAGAGCUCACAGACAUGUCUGACCAGGAGCUGGGGGAGGUGUUUGCUGACUCAGAUGAGGAGAACCAUACAGAAUGCCCUUCAAUUCAUCUUGUAGAUCGCCAACAGCCCCCGUUACCUCGAUUUCCACACAGUCAUUACGUUCGCUCGCCUUCCUGGACCCGUGGUGGAAAAGGGGAGCAGCAACCAAGAGAUCGGAAACACCAUAGCGACUCGGAAAACACGGAACCUUUACUGAAGAUAGAACGCUCCCAAUCUCAACAGCCUUGAGUCAGGGCCACCUACAGGGGCUCAGGGAGAACACAAAGCCCUUAUGUGGGAAGUGGAGGUUCCUUCUAAAGCAAGGAAAUGAGGGACCUCUAGGAUCAAAGGACAUGAAGAUCCCACCUAAAGAUAAUGCAAUCCCUUUGCCCAUUAUGAUGGGCAAGGAGACAUCUCCAAUAAGCUGGGGUAAGUGUAGACUCUUCCUCAAGAUAGAAAAGAUUUCAUCCAACCAGGUUUUUGCGGCACCUCUUUGUGACAUGGACAUCUCCAUCUACUCCAUUUGACUUCUGAAUAUGGAGA